AGUUGAGCAUCCCGCUGGAGGCUACAAGAAGCUCUUUGAGACCGUGGAGGAGCUGUCCUCUCCCGUGACCGCCCACGUCACAGGCAGGAUUCCCACCUGGCUGCGGGGAAGCCUCCUGAGAUGUGGUCCCGGCUUGUUCGAGGUGGGCGCAGAGCCCUUCUAUCAUCUCUUUGAUGGCCAGGCCCUCCUCCACAAGUUCGACUUCAAGGAGGGGCACGUUACCUAUCACCGAAGGUUUGUCAGGACAGAUGCUUAUGUGAGAGCGAUGACCGAGAAAAGGAUCGUGAUAACAGAAUUUGGCACCUACGCGUACCCGGACCCAUGCAAGAACAUCUUUUCCAGGUUUUUUUCGUACUUCAAAGGCGUGGAGGUCACUGAUAACGCCCUCGUUAACGUCUACCCCGUCGGCGAAGAUUACUAUGCCUGUACCGAGACCAACUUUAUAACCAAAAUUAACCCGGAUACAUUAGAGACUAUUAAGCAGGUGGAUCUCUGUAAAUACGUGUCCGUCAACGGGGCAACGGCUCAUCCCCACGUUGAAAACGACGGCACGGUUUACAACAUCGGCAAUUGCUUUGGAAAAAACUUUGCGCUCGCCUAUAACAUCAUACGGAUUCCUCCGCUUCAGGCAG